AGUCCGGGCAGCUUUCAGAAUGACAGUCUGCAGAAGUGAGCGGAGCGUGUGUGCGGAGAGAGGCUCUCCUGCCUCCCGGGCGCCGACGCGGCUGUGUGGCUGACCGGGUGCUGGCCGGAACCGCUGGGCUAUGGAAUACAGAUGUGGCUGCUCAGGUAGCCCCACGCUAUCUGGAGGAAUACAUCAUGCAUUCUGAGAAGAAGAAAUUGUAGAGACCAGGUUUUUGGUUGUUUUUUUUUAACCCCCUCCGUCAGAAAAAAAAAAAAAAAAACUGUAAAGAUGCAAAAACGUAAUAUCCAUGAAGAUCCUAUUACCUAGGAAGAUUUUGAUGUUUGGCUGCGAUUGCGGUGUUGGGAUUUAUUUGUUCUUGGAGUGUUCUGCGUGGCUGGUAAAGAAUAAUGUUCCAAAAUCGGUCCAUCUCCCAAGGGGUCCAAUUUUUCUUCCCGGGUGUCAGCGAGCCCUGACUCACCCCAGCGCAGCUGACAGGGGCUGGCAUGCAAGUGGCCCCCAGGCCAAAGCAAAAGACCUGAAGACGACCUUUGAACAGUACAAAGGAUGGGUUUCAAUGUAAUUAGGCUACUGAGCGGAUCAGCGGUAGCACUGGUUGUAGCCCCCACUGUCUUACUGACAAUGCUUUCUUCUGCUGAGCGAGGAUGCCCUAAGGGCUGUAGGUGUGAAGGCAAAAUGGUCUACUGCGAGUCUCAGAAAUUACAGGAGAUACCCUCAAGUAUAUCUGCUGGCUGCCUAGGUCUGUCCCUGCGCUAUAACAGCCUUCAGAAACUGAAGUAUAAUCAGUUUAAAGGGCUCAACCAGCUCACCUGGCUGUACCUUGACCAUAACCAUAUCAGCAAUAUUGACGAGAAUGCUUUCAAUGGAAUACGCAGACUCAAAGAAUUGAUUCUGAGUUCCAAUAGAAUCUCCUAUUUUCUUAACAAUACCUUCAGACCUGUGACCAAUUUACGGAACUUGGAUCUGUCCUACAAUCAGCUGCACUCCCUGGGAUCCGAGCAGUUUCGGGGCUUGCGGAAGCUGCUCAGCCUCCACCUGCGCUCCAACUCCCUGAGAACCAUCCCUGUGCGAAUAUUCCAAGACUGCCGCAACCUGGAGCUGCUGGACCUGGGCUACAACAGGAUCCGGAGUCUAGCCAGGAAUGUCUUUGCUGGCAUGAUCAGGCUCAAAGAACUUCACCUGGAGCACAACCAAUUUUCCAAGCUCAACCUGGCCCUCUUUCCCAGGCUGGUGAGCCUUCAGAACCUGUACUUGCAGUGGAAUAAAAUCAGCGUCAUCGGGCAGACCAUGUCCUGGACCUGGAGCUCAUUACAAAGGCUGGAUCUGUCUGGGAACGAGAUUGAAGCCUUCAGUGGACCAAGUGUUUUCCAGUGUGUCCCGAACCUGCAACGCCUCAACCUGGAUUCCAACAAACUCACAUUUAUUGGCCAAGAGAUUUUGGAUUCUUGGAUAUCCCUCAAUGACAUCAGCCUUGCCGGGAAUAUAUGGGAAUGCAGCCGAAACAUUUGUUCCCUGGUAAACUGGCUGAAAAGUUUCAAAGGUCUGAGGGAGAGCACCAUCAUCUGUGCCAGUCCCAAAGAGCUGCAGGGGGUCAAUGUGGUCGAUGCAGUGAAGAACUACAGCAUCUGUGGCAAAAGCACCACAGAGAGGUUUGAUCUGGCCAGGGCUCUCCCCAAACCCACGUUCAAGCCCAAGCUCCCCAGGCCCAAGCACGAGAGCAAGCCCCCCGCGCCCCCCACUGUGGGAGCCACAGAGCCUGGCCCAGAGCCUGAGGCCGACGCCGAGCACACCUCUUUCCACAAAAUCAUCGCAGGGAGCGUGGCCCUCUUCCUGUCUGUGCUCGUCAUCUUGCUCGUUAUCUAUGUGUCAUGGAAGCGGUACCCAGCGAGCAUGAAGCAGCUGCAGCAGCGCUCCCUCGUGCGAAGGCACAGGAAGAAGAAAAGGCAGUCCCUGAAGCAAAUGACUCCCAGCACCCAGGAAUUCUAUGUCGAUUAUAAGCCCACCAACACGGAGACCAGUGAGAUGCUGCUGAACGGGACGGGACCCUGCACCUACAGCAAAGCAGGCUCCAGGGAGUGCGAGAUACCUUUAUCAAUGAAUGUGUCCACCUUUCUCGCAUAUGACCAGCCCACGAUAAGCUACUGUGGGGUGCAUCACGAACUCCUGUCUCACAAGGCCUUUGAGACGAACGCACAGGAAGACACCCUGGAGACGCACCUGGACGCGGAGCUGGGCCUCAGCGCAAUCACGGCCGCCGCGGGCCGCGUCAGUGACCACAAACAGCCGCCGGCCUGACCGCAGGCCGCCCUCGCGGCGAACUUUGUAACCUCAUGGACGAGAUGAGGAAGAUUUGGGCCUUGUGGCUCUAAACACAAGACAAACCCCCUGUUCAAAUAAACAAAAAUCCGAGAUUGAUUCAUGAAAUAAAGAAGACAUGAAUUGUUUCAAGUCUACACUUUGUAAUUAGCUAAGUUGUGCAGUAUUUUUUUGACUUAAACAGAGUAUGACCCUCAAAAAAGAAAAAAAAUCGUUUUUUCAAAACUCAUCCUACCUAUGUGUAAAAACUGUACAGAGCUAAUGUAUUUUUCAUAUUGUAAAGUUUCAAUUAUAGAAACAACUGGUAUGUACAGUACCAUAAUUUAAUUACAGUUUACUUUACAAACUUUACACAUUUCAGUUUCUAAAAUUUUAAAUUAACAAA